GGGGAAAAAGGAUAUGUUGUGUGGAAACUGCAAUGGUGCUGGCUUUGUAGGUGGUUUCAUGAGUGGUUUCGAUUAUUAAGUGGAAGUGGAAGGCAAUCUCAGUUACAGAAAACCCUUCUUAGCAUCGAGUGAAUGUGUAUAAAUGUUACAUAGAGCCAUGUAUCAUAUUGUGUAUACAUAAUCAUAAAAAAUUUAGGUGCUGCAACUUGGUAGACAAUUACAAUUCUUGCACCUCUACUCCAUAAUUCUGCUGUUUUCAAUUUCUUUAUAUUAGGCCAGUUAAAUAGUUUUGUAUAAUAUCUUUACGCAUUUAUGAAUCUCGAUCUUUUCUUCUUUA